GAUGACGAUCAAAUAUGGUGUAGUUUAAACAAACAACGUCCGGUCUCACGAGAAUCGAACGCGUACAUUAAGACAUUUGUAUAGGACAAAAUGCAUACAGAGUGCAAGCCAGCCAGCUCAAUUACCAAAACAACACACAACACGAUUGUUACAAUCUAGAAAAUCCAACAAAACGAUCAAACACUUAACGAUAUUCAUAAACAAAAGGGGAACGAAACAGCAAUAGUGGAAGAGUGGGUCGCUUUGUCGCGUCCCACUAGUUGCUUCUUGGGCUUCGAUAGGUACAUCACGUAGCGAUUGCGAGGAAAAUGUGUUUGCUUCUGUGAAGUGUUACGGCUGAUGUGUUUUAAAUUGAAAAUUAACACAGGUGUGGAUUUCCGUUCAUCAAAAUGAUCGUCGCUGUUGAGGUUCAUUUGCCUAGUCGGAAUAAUUUCAACGGCAGUGUCAGUUCAGUUUCAAACAAAUCCUUCGUCAGAUAUGUCAGCAGACGAGACGAGCACACCGAAAAAUAAUAAAACUUUAGAUGUCUCCGAUGAAAGUGGACAUGAAUUAGAAACGGACGUGGAUGACAUCAAAGAGAAAAAGUUCCUAGACGAAGCCAUGAAAGCGAUAUUAGAUCCUCAUGCUUUUAUUCCAAAAAACCAAGAUGAACUCGAAAGUUACAAACUCCAAUUAGAUGAAUUAAACAAAUCUAAUAUAAGUUUAGAUUCAUUCUUAAGCGAAAUGGAUAAUUUAAGUCUUGAAGUAUGCAAAACAUCCCAAAAAGCAUUAUGGUCUUAUGUAUCUGAUAUCAACAAUGAAACUAAAAAGAACAAAAUGGUUAGAAUAACUGCAGAGGAAGACGAAAUUAAGAAACAGUACUGGAAUAUUUUGAAGACAAAAUAUUUAAGCGACGAUACAAUUAAGUAUGAUCGUAAUUACCAGCGUAAAAUUAGAAUUAUAAAAAACCGUGGGACUAACGUACAGAUGCCACAAAGCAAGCAAAGAGAAGAAAUAGACUUAAUGCAAAGAAUAUGGAGUCGCGUAUCGUUAUGUGCUUACAAUACUUCAUGUAACAAUGAAGAUUCCAUUCGAUCCAUGAGCGAUGUCAUUACAAUAUUCAAAACGAGCAAUGAUUCCAAAGAAUUGGCAUAUUACUGGAAAGCUUUUCGUGACAUGACAGGCCGAAAGAUUCGUCCAAUAUUUAAAGACUACGUUACGAGAAUGAACGCCGUAGCGAAAUCAGAGAAUUUCAGUGACGCAGGUGAAAUGUGGCGGCUUUCUUACGAUGACGAUGAUUUCGUUGAAACUGUGAAAAGGAUUUGGAAUGAAAUGAAACCGUUGUAUAACCUCAUACGCGACUAUGUGAGAUUAAAGCUGAAAUCUUAUUAUCCUGAGGACAUUAAAAUUGAUACUAAUUGUAUACCGGCACAUCUAUUAGGAAACCUAUGGGCACAAGAAUGGCAGGCGAUUUAUCCAAAAGUCAUAGCGUAUCCGAAACACUAUCGACACAAAACGUUCACUCAAGGUCUGAAAUCGAAAGAUUUGUUCGACGCCGUUGAUUUAUUUCAUCAAUCAUUGGGCUUUGACUCCGCAAAUGACUCUUAUAAGGAUAUCAGUGAUGGCGUUCCUUCAGCCAAUUGCCUGCCUUCGAGUCACGACAUGUGCGACGGUGUUAAUUACAAGAUUAAAUGGUGCGGUGAUAAAAUCACAGAUGUAGAGGUGGCCUUAUCGCAAGCGGCAAGACUUCUGGGUCAUGUUCAGUACUUUAAGCAUUACAAGGAUUUAUCGCCUUUGUAUAGAGACGGACCGAAUCCAGCGUUUCACGAUGCAAUCUCGGACAUCGUUGCGGUGCAGUUAACCGUGCCGGACCAUCUAAAGACCUUGAACUUAGUGAAGGCAUCAACUGGCCGAGAGGUUACAAUAAACCAUCUCCUCUGGCUGGCUCUAGAGAAAAUACCUCUAAUGGCGUACGCGUACGUUUUGGAUACAUGGAGGUGGGAUAUAUUCGGGAAUAGUAGUUUGGAGAACUGGAAUGCACACUGGUGGGAUCUACGGACAAAAGAGACAGGCGUGUCACCUCCGGUGUUGAGGAACGAAAGCGAUUUGGACCCUGCCGCCAAAUAUCACGUUGUGUCACAUGUUCAAUACAUCACGUACCUAAUAUCUCACGUUCUGGAAUUUCAAAUUUUGUUCUCUCUCUGCAAAAAAGUUAACCACACGGGACCACUCCAUGAAUGCUCUUUGUACGGCCAUAAGGAAGUAGGAAAAUUGUUAAGCAAUGGCAUGGCACUGGGCGCAAGUGAAGAUUGGAAAACUGUGCUCGAAACAAUGACCGGGGAAAGACAAUUAUCGACCGAAGGAAUCCUGGAAUACUUUUCGAUUCUUGAAGAUUUCUUAAGAAAAGAAAACUUACGUUUGGCUGCAGUAGUAGAAGAUAUGGAUAAAAGUGCUCCGAUAGUAGUGGGAGCUAUAGUUGUGUUUCUAACAGUGCUUAUUAUUGUAUUGUACUGUGCUAAGAAGCAUGAUCUUGGAAGAAAAAUGCGUUCAUUUUGUGGUCUAACUAAAAACGGUUCUCUUGAUAUAGUUACCAAUGAGGUACCUCAAAGUAAAACAAAUGAUAUAGAAGGUAUUGUCGAAGAUAAAGUUUGACGCGGAUCUAUUAGCCACGAAUAAUGUUAAAAUUAAAUAGGUCUAUUGUUAUUGAGUAUAUUAAUGAUUUAGUACUGCAAAAGUUCGAUAGUGAUUGACUGAUAUUGUAAUUAUGUUAAAAUAAAUGUUAUUAAUU